AUGCAGAGCGGCUCAGGUGCUCAUGUGAAGCCGAAGUUCAACGGGAAGCCUGGCAUCAGCCUGAAAACCCCACUCAGCAGUCAUUAUUAUGACCUCCGCCAAUUGCAACCUGAAGAAGACUUGAUUGAACUCAACGAUGAGCCGCCGACCCCUCAGAUACAGACCGAACACCCAAACGGACCUCUCCACCGGUCAGGCGGGAGCCCGUCCGAAUCCAAUCAUGGGCUAACAAGAUACCAAGCCCAAUCAAGCACCCGUGUUCAAGAACAGAUAACUCUUCUCGAUCUUGAAGAUCCCCUCAUACAAGGAGAUUCGGCUUCGCGAGAUGGUCGCAUAGCUGGCGGUGAGCGAAGCAGGAUUGGCCGGCAAUCAUAUAAUCUCAUGUAUUCGAACAGUGCUAUCCUGCGUCCGACGUAUCUGCUGACAUUUUCGCUUCUUCCCAGAAACAUCCAAACUCAUACCCAGAGCAAAAGCACAAGCCGGCAGAAUUCUGGCGAUCAACUCUGCGAUGGUUGUGAAAGAUAUGGUAUCAAUAGAGAAUACUGCAAUUUCUGCGAAUGCAUUUUUUGUACCAGCUGUUGGGAAAAGCAGGUAUCUCAUAAGAUGCAGCGGAAAGCUCCAGGAUCCAUUCCGCACGAAAGAACCGAUUGUCGUACCGCUGAGUUAAUCAAGGCUAUCUUGGAGGUCAAGGCAACUUCCGCUGAACAAGACAUUCUGCACAAAAACGACGAAGACACAACAUGGUUCGGCGUCGUCCGAGAAGAUGAUGAGCUACCUACAUUCAGAGACUCUGACGACGUCCAUCUCUAUUUCUACUCAGACCCCCAGACUUGCAUGUCAGACAACCUUAUUAUGUAUGCAGAUCGUGAGGGGCUGGAAGGCGGUGAACGAGAACCACUGGGAGCAAGACUAAAAAGGAAGGACAAGCCCUCAAAAGUUGGCCGGGUUGACUCUUUUGAACGAAAAUUGCAGAAGAUACAUCACACAUCGGAACGUGCAAUCACCUGGGCCGAUACAAACGCUAAAAGGAGCAGGGAUUUCACGGUCACCCAUCUGUAUCCACGUCUUCUAUACACCUUUUCUGAUGUGACCUGGCGUUCUUACAUGAGUGUGCUUCAUCCACCUCCAAACGAAAAAGCCAGGUAUAUACGAAUUAACCCACAAUUGAAGGAGAAUCCACCUGGCUUGGAUGAAGUGGAGAGCCUACCUUACAUCCAAGGAGUAGUCCGUGAGAUGUCAAGCACGGAUGUUAGUAUACAAAAUGUAGCGCUUCGUUUGAUUGCUUCGAGCUUUUAUUUCGAAAAAUCUCACGCUGUGGAGCUUGCAUCAGAUGAUUCUGUCCAGAUAAAAGGACACAUAUAUUGCCGGUUACUGAAAGACAGCAAGGAGAUCUCCGAGCUUGGGAAGUUCAUGCGGAAUAAGCUGCAGUGUGGCUAUGAAUUGUACUUCGUCAUACAAGAAGAGCACCGGGGCCAGCACGCCAAGAAGGUUUCGGUCUCAACGGACGUCAUCGAACGAAUGAUUAGGAAACGUCUGUUCGAGAUGGACAACGUCAGCGUCCAGCUCUCUACUAAGAUCGCUUACACCGAGAUAUUACUCCAUAUGGGGCCAGGAGAUGUGUAUCCAAUCAGCAGGUUUCCAAGGUCUCUUUUGCAAGACGAAGAUUCGAAGCCAAGAACACGGCAAAACGUUACCCUAAAUUCCAAUCGAUGGGCUGGCCGGACUCCAAUUCAGCGAAUACACCGCAAGAGUUGGAUCCCACCUGAUCUAGCCGAACAGCGCUCAGAUCCUGAUAAAAUAUCGCAUUACUCGAAGCAGGAUUAUGUUAUCGGAGAGUCAUCCCAGGGCACGCUGCAAAGGAUUGCCCAUCGACUCAACAAUGGCCCCAGCCCAGCGCAAAUCCUGCCAGAGCCAGAUACUUCGGACUUAGAAUCAGAGAUGGCGGAACUGUCGAGACAAAGAUCUGCAGCAAUAGAGCUCGACGGCAAUUCCUUCGCAGUCGAACUUGACGCUGGCCCUGUCGUCGAUCUCACUCAGCAAGCGAACCGUCCGCAGGGCGAGACUGACAGUAGCAGACUCUCGGAAGGAAACCCCAUGGGCCACCCGUCUGGUCCAUCCAAUGAACCGCAAGAUCUGCAAGCGGACACUGAGCACGCUUCGCCGAGGGCCGCUCCUCAGGUGGGGAAAGCAGAUAGGAAGUGGGAGGGAGGUUUCUUUCGGUUUUGA